AUGAAAAAACUACUGAACAAGAUCAUCGCCAGAAAUGAGACAAAAAAGCGUGAUAUAACGGCACUAGAGAUUUGCACGGAAAAGGAAUGUCCCGACGGUGGAUAUGGUUGGAUUAUUUGCAUCGCAGCGGCGAUUUGCCAGUUUAUCAUCAUGGGUAUUCACAACAACUUUGGGAUCUUAUACACUUACUUCAUGAGGGAUUUAAAGGCAGAUCCUGCAGAUACAAGUGAGUUAUUAUAAUUGCAAUUUUUUUAGCUUUUACCCUAGGCGACUUCAAUUUUCACUCUAUUUUUAUAAUACAUUUUAUAAGAAUGUCGAAGCUGAAAUUUGCGAAAUUUCAAGAAUAUUAUAAGCAUAGACCCGGAGCUGAGAUUUUCAGAAGGAUUUAAUAUUGUGGGUUGAAAUGCAAUAAGAUUAUAUGUUUUUCACUUAUCUGAACGGCAAAACUAGCCAACAAAACGAAAAAUCCUACACUAACUAUAAUUAAUACCAUGCAAUACAUUCUAAAACGAAAAUGUCAUCAGCUAUAGAAUAUAAGUUAAGAAUAAUAACAAGAAUAUUUUCGAAAUAAAAUUGGCAGAAAACUAAGAAUAUUCAGCCUGGACAGGAAAAAAAACAUUCUUAUAAAAAAAGAAUUUGGUUCUAAAGUUAAAAUGUCUGUGUUUUUCAAUUCCUCACUUUGGAUUUCCUGCAUAAAAAUUGAAAUUUCCACUACCUAUUCAUUAUGAUUUACCGGUAACUAUCCUAAGUAAUUCUUGAUUUCUUUCAGUGGAAAUUGUAAAUUCAAUAUUUGUAGUAUCCAUUUUUUCCCUUCUUCAUCUAAUACAAUCUGUGUAACAGCUUUAAAAAAAAAUUCCUUGAUCUACUUCUGUUACUUUAGUUUUUUUCAUUCUGAUCCCGGCGUAGGGUAUUGGGACAAAAAGUCGUGAAGAUAUUAAAAAUAGGUCCACGAACUUGUCACAGAACAUUCUGUCAUCCAUAAAACUUUGGAAUCAAAGCGUCACGCGUGUUGUUUAAGGGAACCUGAAACCUUCUUUCCCUCCUCUCAAUAGGCGACCAACCGGCUGAUAGUGAUUACAUAACUUUUUAUCAACCGUGCGUGUGAAUUAAGGCAUGGUUCCCCACGUAAUAUCGUGUUUACAUAAUCUCUUUUCCGAGCCAAACAUCCUGUUUCAUUCUGGCUUGUCCCAAACAAGAACUUAACAAAUAUCGAGGGAUUAUUUAUAGAGUAUCAUGACCAACGAAGCCCUCAUUAAAUUAUGCUAGAUACUGCAUCAUAACCAAAUAUUCACCCGGCUCUCAGUCCAAGUUCCUGCGUUUUCAAUUAUUUUCCUCAAACAACCCGAAAAGGUAUAAGUUUGUGCAAAGGGUUGCUGAAAAAAAAGAAAGCAUUUUAAAGUCACAACAAGGAGUAGACAAGAGGAAAGCUGUUUGAUUCCUGGGCAACUUUUUUAAUCGAAAACCAUUCGUCUUUGAGUUACCUCCAUUGUAGAAUAAUUUUAUAAGAAUCUAUGAAGUAAUCUCUUAACAGAUACUGUCCUCUGCCACAAAGUUAGAUUUUGUAAUGCUAUGUAAUUUCCUCAAAUGAAGGAAUUUACCGUACAUCGACGUGCAGAUGUAUGUACUCUUUUGUUUUCUGUAAGAAUAUCAUUUUAUAAGAAUAUCGAGGCUGAAAUUUGCAAAAUCUUAAGAAUAUGAUGAGAAUAAACCUAAGGCUGAAAAGGAUACUGAAUUUUGUGUGUUGAAAAUCUGUUAACACAACACAAUCAUACGUUUUUUACUUAACCGAGAAAUUAUUUCUUAACUGCAAAACUAACCACCAAGAAGAAAAACCGUGACCUGCCAUUGCCAGAAAUUCCACUUCAUACCCUAAUAUACUCUAAAACGGAAAGGUCGGAGGCUACAAUUUAACAAUAAUACCAGAAUAUUUUCAGCCUAAAAUCGAAUAAGAAUAUUCAGCUUGGGCUGAAAAAACAACAUUCUUACAAAAAGAAAAGAGGGUACACCAAAAUGGUGACAUUGGGGUCGGUCUUUACGUUGCCCGGGGGGGAGGGGGGGACUCCCAUAUGAAAGAGGAGGGGAUGCUCGUCAUCUCGCUUAGGUGUGUAAAUUUCAUAAUUUGGUCUCGCUUAGGGUGUUCUGGGCAAAACACAAUUAGCCGUAAAAGUCUUUUUUAGGGUUCCACCCGAAGAAAUACUAAAAAAUUAUAUAUUUUCAAUUCGUUUUAUUUACUCGAUUCUAACCAAAGUUUAAAAUGAUCUUUUUAAGGGGUCAAAAAAAGGUUGGGCCACGCCCAGAUUGGUCUCCUUCGGGGUUUAAUUCAAAAUUUCCGGCGUGCUUCCCCGCCCCUUUUAUAUGGGAGUCCCCCCCAGGGGUACACUGUAUGAUAUUGGACAUUUGCACUGUAUUUAUCACUAAAUUAUUUUAGGCGAUGGUUAUUAUCGACUGAUUGUAUUCGGUUUUUCAUGUUUCAGCUUGGGUUGGUUCCAUAGCAUUUGGUGUAACCUUCUUUGGCGGUCCAAUAGCGAGCAAUUUAUGUGAAAGAUUUGGUUGUCGGCUUAUAGCAGCAAUUGGUGGUCUUAUAGGUGUCCUAGGUUUCUUGAUGACGUCAUUUGCUAAUAGUGUCUACGUCAUCUACUUCACAUACAGUGUCGUUUGGGGUUUUGGUUCUUCUUUAAGCUAUGCUACAACAACAUUUGUGAUAGGUGAGAUUAACAUCUUUCACAUUUUUCAUUCCACAGUUUUUAUCCUCAUCAGUCAUCAAAGUGGCUCUUAGCUAAUGUCGUUUUGUUCAGUUGACUUUGCAUGCUAUAUUUCAGGGACUUCCUAAACUAUGAAUAGUUUACAGAGAAGAUAAUUCCCCAAUCAGGGCCUUGGUUCUAAUUGCAUUUUAUAAUAUGUUCAUACAGGUCAGUACUUUGACAGGAAUCUUGCGUUAGCCAAUGGUAUUAUUACUGGUGGAAGUGGUAUCGGAGCGAUAGCAAUGGGACCCUUUUAUCAUCUCGUCUUGUCAAACCUCGGCUGGAAAAUCAUGCUAAGAAUUCUUUCUGGAUUCGCCUUUCUCAUGUUUGUCAGCGCUCUACUCUACCGUCCCCUCUCUGCCAAGUAUAAACGCGCCAACAUAGGCCGAAAAGAGAGAGUCAAGCUGUUUGACUUGUCCGUGUGGAAGAUAAAGCCGUUCGUUGUUUGGGUUGUAUCCAUGUCGCUACUGUUCUUUGGCUACUUUGUUCCUUUCAUCCACUUGGUGAGGAAACGUAGAUAAAAUAUAUUUACUGAAAGAUUUAUCACUCAAUCUUUUCACUGCCAAACCUAGGGGAAAAGUAAUUUUUUAAGAAUAAUUCCAGGAGUGUGGUGUGAAAUUAAUUUGAAUGGUCCGAGAAAUGCGAGCAUAUACAGUGCCAACGCACCCGAAAGUCGCGAGCACCAUCUCAUGAAUAGACUCUUUCUGGCUCUUUAAGGGUUAGCGAGAGUCGAAACCAUAAACGUUAGGUACUGUCAUUGGAUGAUCCAGUCGUUCGUCAAUGGAAAGCUCCUGGCAAGAGAGUGCAUUCACUUAAGCAAUAUGGCACACGUCACAACAUACCUACAUGCAGACACACAUGCAGUGAGCCUCCUGUAGUUUCGCGCUUAUGGAAUCUGGCCGGGAUUUUUAGGUCUCGUUUUUCACCUGAGAAUGAACUACUACUGAAGAGCUUUCAUGUCCCGCACACACCCCCUUAUGGAACGCAAUUGAAAGCUUAAUGAAAGUAUAGUUCCUAGUUAUUAGGUUUCUUGAAAUGUUAGACACUGUAGAAAUUAAUCAUGUUCGACUUAAAUCGCGUUCGACUUUACGAGAACGCAACCUAAUCUUGCACUAGCUGUUUCAUAACUCUAGCUGAUUUCAAGGUGGCCUCGAAAUGGUCCUCUGAUCAUUUUUUUCUUCUUCAGCCCAAUUUCGCUGAGAUUCUUGGAGUACCCGAGUCUAAGGCCUCUCUGCUAAUAGGCUACCUUUCCAUUGCUUCUACGCUGUCACGUGUUCUCUUUGGCUUUGUGCUCAAUCACCCAAGAGUUAAUCGUUUCUACGUGUUACAGGUAUGUAAAGAAAUGUUUUUACUUACUAAUAUGUAACCAUGUGAAUGUUGCUGCUUAAAGUUUCUAAUGGACAAUUUGAUACUUUAGUAAUGAACGCAUGAGACUGAAAUUAAGUACAGAUACCUUUUCGAGCCAAGAAAGGUGUUUGCAAAUCGGGAUCAGUUCAUAUACUGGUUAAGUAGUUGUUAAUUGUGGCCAGUCUAUCAAAUUACAAUUUCUUUUCUUUUUAAAACGAACAACUCAAGACAUCUGCUGAUCCGCCAUCAGUGCAAAUACAGCAAUGACCAAGCUUGUUCGGCUGGAUAACGCCCAAAAAGGGAACUUUUAAUUGCUGGGCUAACGCGGAAAAUCCCAAGCGGGCUUUAGCAAAUCAGAAUGCAGGAUUCGCUUCAUCUUGCUCGCCCGGGGGUUCAACCAUAUAGUAAAAGAUGUUGCUUUUUUCUUUCAGGUUUGCUUUGUGAUGAUGGCUGUUACAUGCACGCUAUGUCCGCUGGUACAAGAUUACACUGGGCUCAUAUUAUAUGCUGUUAGCUUUGGAACGUUUGACGGCUGUUUUGUUUUGCUUAUAGCCAUCACUACUAGUGAUGUAGUCGGACCUAAUUUGCUACCACAAGGUUUAGGAUCCUUGUAUGGAGUUAUAUCUCUUCCUAUAAUAUGUGGAGCACCUUUAGCAGGUACGUUUUACUUUGUAGCUUAACCGCCUAUUUGCAUUGUAACCAUUCCCAUAAACCUAAAGGGUAUCAAAGAGAGUUAAAUUUGAGAAAGUUGGCUUAAUUUUUUCAAGUUCAAUCGUGGCCAUCGAAAGCCAAAGACAUACACUAAACGUCGUGGUAUAGUGGAAGAGUAAUUCAAAACAAAUAUGAACCAUCAUUUCUAUCAGGGUUUUCUUUGUUUUCAAUACAUUCUUAAAAAUGUUUUUUGAUUGAAAUCAGUUUCAUUUGUUUCAUGUUCGUUCUCUUCUAGCGUACAUUUUUGAGAAAACUGGAUCAUAUCAGGACGCUUUCUUAGUAGCCGGAGCCGCCAUAGCUGCUGGAUCCUGCACUCUGCCUUUUACUCGACUAUUUAUGCCAGAUCUAGAAACCAGAAAAAGGAAAGAAAUCUUCGAAGAGACUCCCGAACAGGAAAAGACUGCACAUGUCUCUGUAAGCGCUAAUGAAAUUGCAGAAGGACAAAGAAACUCAUGUGUAUGACACAAGACACUUUAUUUAUACCCCUAGACUGAGCGAGAGUCUCCGCUUUCCUAUGGAAGCCUCCUCCCCCAGGUUUUACGGACGUUUGCCCCUAGGAAAAACAUGAUUCUAACAAGUUUUCGUAUCUUUAUUUAGUAAUUAGCUAUUUUUUCAAUCGAUGACCUCUUUUCAAGAUCACGCAGAAGUUACUGAAUCUUUUGAGAGGUCAACAUUUUUUUUGAUUUGCAAAGCGUUAAAUAACACUUAUGAACUUUGAAAUCAAUUUACUGAUGUAGUUAUGCAUCGGGACAAUAUUGACUGAUUAAAACUAGCCUCGAAUUCUUAAUUUUUAACCACUACCCACACCCUUUCGACAGCAGUACAGGUAUCAAGAUUAAUGAAAUCAAUAGAACGAAAAAAAGUAGCCGGCGAGCAAGCUCUCCACGCGAGCCAAGAGAGACACGCCAGUGAGCGGCGUCUCCUUUCGCGUACCCCUCGCACGUGACUUCUCGCGACUACCCCAAAUGGAGACCUUACCGUGCAGGCUAGGAAAAAAGGAUACAAGUAAGUCUUCCUAUCGGCGGAUACCUCUUCCAACCUUACGAAUCGAUCUUAACAAGAGAGAGCCAGUUAUGUUUAAACUGAAUAAGGUAGCGCUGAAGACCAAGAAAGAAUAAAGGUGUUUUCCUGUCUUGAAAAGAUUGAAGACUGACAUAGCUCAGGGGCACCCGAUGGAUCUGUUCUUCAAAAUAACUCACUGCUCUUCAGGCAAAUGUUUGCUGGAAGCGUUGCUGGGAAGAAAGAUAAUUCAGGGCGUCUGAGGGGAUUUGAUGUGUAGAAUAGCUGCUAUGGGUUAUUUGUCAUAAACUCCCCCCCCCCGCCCGCGGCUGAAGGGGUGAAUGUCGCCGUUAGGUCACACCCAUUUUUGUACGUAACGCUCCUCUCCCCGCCAGUGAAGGUAUGAAUUUUUUUCUAUGACCAUGCCCAAACUGGCCAGUGAUCAAGUCUGGACAUACGUCUGCUGCUGGGAAACGUCCCAUUAAGUCAGGUUGCAGAGUGUAGAUGCACCUUGCUGGCUGGGAACUCUUCCAUCAGUCUUUCUGGGAGUGAGGAACAGAUAUAUUUUUCCCAGCAAUCUCCCAAAAUGCUUAAAUGCCUUCAAAAAGCUUUAUUCAUGCUUUGUUGUUGUUUUAAGGUCUUUUUCUUAAAAUCAAAAACAAACAAUAGGCCAAGAUAAACGAACCGAUUCUCCAAAAAAUAUAUACUAAAUAAAAAGUAAUUGAAAUGGAAUAAGAGGGUGGAAUUUUAAAGCUAUCGGAAUCAAUCAGUGAAAUGUCAGUAAAGCCCGGGGAGAAGUCCUGGGAAUUCUUGGUGGGGGUGGGCCGCCCGGUUCUCCAAAUCCUGACCCUUUUCCAGACCGUGAAAAAGUGUCAUUUUUUUCACCCGUUUUCAGACCUGGCCCCCAAGAAAUUAUGUCAUCAUUACUUAGAUUAGAACGCCACCUAAAAAGAUUUCUUAAAAUCCACUCGAAUUCGAGCAUCUCCUUUUUCUUUCUUAUUCAUUUGGAACUGAAACGAUAAAUACGUUCAUGGGUAAAGUCUAUACCCCUUUUCAGACCAAAACGUCGCAAAAUCCAGCCCUGUGGACGAGGUUGGGCAUAUACCUAUAUGGACAAUAUGGCUUAUACAAGGGAUUUCCCCCCUGGGGGGCAGUGGGACCACUUCAAGUGGAAGUUUCUGAUCUCCACUUGCCAGUCUACCACUUAUCAUCCCACCCCCCAAAAAACACACCCCGCCCCCCCCCCCAAAAGAAUAUCCUGUUGUCAUCCGGAUUCUUGUCUCAAUCCUGCUAUUAUUUGUUUCAAAUAGACGAUUGCAUUUGUAUCGCAUCCUGAAGGUAUAUUUAAUUUUGUUUUGGUUACCGCGAAAAUAAAAUUCCCGAUGUCUAGACACUCUCGCGCAUUAUUUUGGUGAUCGGUUAUCAACAGAUGUUUUGUCAGUUUCUUGACGCCGUCCUUUUCCGAGCCCUUUGAUGUGUGGACAUCACUCUGUCUCCCUUACAAAAACUGCUUCAAUAACGAGUUAUAUCGAGCUAAAAUUCCAGUGGCCUUGUAAUCAACUUAGAUGAGCCUUACGAAGGUAAUGUACUAAUGGAGCGAAAGAGCUACACCGAAACCUAUUAAGCGGACCCCGUAUUAAAAAUAGACUCUCGGUUAUUACAGAGAUGACAGUCCUAAGUAAAGUCCAUAACUUAUCUCAGCAUAUAUAUUUUCUGCAAAACAAGGACAGCUCGACUUCACAGAUGGAUGUAAUCGUGAUGGUCAGGUGACCCUUUCCGCUUCAGUAAAAUAACUCUGUACUAUGGCUGUCUUAAGGCAGAAGAAAGCAGUGGGCAAUAUUUUUUUGCGAUUACACGAUUCAUGGAACUGCUUUCUUGAUCGAUUCUUGAUGCUGGUAAAGGUGUGUUAACCGACACCUACUCCGACACUCUUAAAAGGACAAUAACAAAAAGGAUUAACUUUCAAAGCUUUCGGAUUCAAUAGGUGGCGAGUCAGAGAAAAGUAAAUAUUUUGACCUGAAUAUUCCACUUUACAAAUAACGUGAUUUCCCAUGGCCAAUAAGGUUUAGGAUUGGCCUGUUUCACCAUUAGCACCACUAUUCACACCACUCACGUGGCGGAUUUGUGCCCUUGGUAGUUUAACCUUAACAAUCCCAAGCGACGCAAGCAUGACUGAUUGUUAUGGAAGAAUUUUCAUGACUAUAAAAGCGGAUUUUCUGUGUAUUUGGAAAACAUCACUGUGCUUUGGGAUCGUGACAUAUAUAGGUGUUAUAACCUUCUGUUGGAACAAAGCUUUUCGACUAUUAUUAGAUAAGCUCUAAUUUGAAAAGCAACAUCAGUCUAGAUAUUCCUCAAUUUGGUAUUAUCUUUAACGUAAGGUAUCAAAUUGGGUUGUCCAAAUACUAUUGGCAGCUGUAACUUGCACAUGACAAUAGCUCGUCAGUAAUAGUUCUGAGUUCUGCCUGCAAACUAAAUGAGUGGAGAUGACCAUUUACGUAAUGCUGAUUAGUUCAGUCAGGAAAAGACCUCGUUAACGAACGGGAAACCUUUCUUUGAGCUAACUUGCCUCAUGAAUUUUCCUGAAAAAGUGUUUUUUACAUCAGAAGUCUUGGUUCCUUUCAUUUAACCAUCGUUUUGUAUCGCUUACAUCCUGCAUAAACUGACGUGUAUCUAAUUUUCCUCUGGUUACCGCCCAAAUACCUCUUUCAAAACAUCAGUCCCUCUAUCAUAACAUUGAUUAGGCAUGUCUCAUGACACCGACUGUCGAAGAAAAAAAGUAAUAAGAGGUAGACUCAAUUUUUGGUCUUAAAAAACGUUCCUUGUGUUCUUUUCUAACAAAUGAGCUGUUUCAAGGUAAAGAAGUGGUGAUUGAAUUGCCAGAAAAGCAUUUUUUUUUUAUGUACGCGGCCGAGGGUGGAUUCUGAUAUCGAAAUUUUGCAUCUGGAACAAGACUGGCAAAAUGCGUUUCACGCCAUUUAAUGCGAUCCUUCAUGAAGUGAACAUAUUUGCCACGACACCAAGUUGAAGAUGGCGAAAACAUUAAAAAGUAUGGUAUCUAUAGAUCUAAUAUUAUGGUAUAAAUACAAUAGAGGCACCAUCGUUGGAAGUUUUUAGGGAAAAAAAUAUUGAAAAUAAUGUGAGAAAGGAAACCGGGCAAGAAUUCCACAACUGAUAGAGAAUUUCCUCAUGUCAAUGGGUGAUGGGUGCUUGAAAAAGUUGUUGGCUUUUUCGUUGUUGUUGUUUUUUUUUGUUUUUACUGAUAGCGUACAUUUCUUGGUCAGCUGUGUAUUGUUGAAGGGUCACCUCUGACUCUCCACAUGAGAAAUUAGCAUGAUCAUCACUUUCACUGUCCAAUCAGCUUUUUUUUCUUGCAAUCACUAUUUUUCACACCACUUUUCACACCACUUUUCCACGAGGUGCGCGCUAUUGAUACUCGUCUCAAAUUUGUUACGAUCAAGGCUUUUUAACGGCUUUAUUUCAUGUUAAGCAUACCAUCGUUCAUGAUAUCUCUCUGAGCGCAUUUGAACGACGUUUAUCUUUGUUUUCGACACCUGUUGGUUCCUUGUGAGUCUUUAGUAAAAGUAGGCUAACGAUCAACCGAGCGGCGAACCCUUAAAGCCAAAAUGAAAAAACUACUGAACAAGAUCAUCGCCAAAAAUGAGACAAAAAAGCGUGAUGUCACGACACUAGAGAUUUGCACGGAAAAGGAAUGUCCCGACGGUGGAUAUGGUUGGAUUAUUUGCAUCGCAGCGGCGAUUUGCCAGUUUAUCAUCAUGGGUAUUCACAACAACUUUGGAAUCUUAUACACUUACUUCAUGAGGGAUUUAAAGGCAGAUCCUGCAGAUACAAGUGAGUUAUUAUAAUAGCAAUUUUUUUAGCUAUAACCCUAGGUGACUUCAAUAUACACUCUUUUUUUAUAAGAAUGCAUUUUAUAAGAAUAUCGAGGCUGAAAGUAGCGAAAUUUCAAGAAUAUUAUAAGAAUAGACCCGAAGCUGAGAUUUCCAGAGGGAUUUAAUAUUGUGGGUUGAAAUACAAUACAAUUAUAUGUUUUUCACUUAUUACUUUAUCUAAACGGCUAAACUAGCCAACAAAACGAAAAAAUCCUACACUAACUAUAAUUAAUACCAUGCAAUACAUUCUAAAACGAAAAUGUCAUCAGCUAUAGAAUAUAAGUUAAGAAUAAUAACAAGAAUAUUUUCGAAAUAAAAUUGACAGAAAACUAAGAAUAUUCAGCCUGGGCAGGAAAAAAAACAUUCUUAUAAAAAAAGAAUUUGGUUCUAAAGUUAAAAUGUCUGUGUUUUUCAAUUCCUCACUUUGGAUUUCCUGCAUAAAAAUUGAAAUUUCCACUACCUAUCCAUUAUGAUUUACCGGUAACUAUGCUAAGUAAUUCUUGAUUUCUUUCAGUAGAAAUUGCAAAUUCUAUAUUUGUAGUAUCCAUUUUUUCCCUUCUUCAUCUAAUACAAUCUGUGUAACAGCUUUAAAAAAAAGUUCCUUGAUCCUGAUCCCGGCGUAGGGUAUUGGGGCAAAAAGUCGUGAAGAUAUUAAAAAUAGGUCCACGAACUUGUCAGAGAACGUUCUGUCAUCCAUAAAACUUUGGAAUCAAAACGUCACGCGUGUUGUUUAAGGGAACCUGAAACCUUCUUUUCCUCCUCUCAAUAGGCGACGAACAAGCUGAGAGUGAUUACAUAACUUUUUAAUAUAUAGAUUUAGCCAGGGCUAAAAGCGAAGCUCUCUUUAAUAUUUAUAGAUUUCUCAAAGAAAAUAUAAAAUCCAUGAAUUCUAAAGACAAGUUGAAAGCAACGAGAAUGCUAAAAACAAGAACAAUAGAUCUAAUUAGCAAAAAACAACUUUGCACGUGCAGCACACUUUUUUUUCUAAUUAGCAAAAAAACAACUCUGCACGUGCAGCAGUUUUUUUUUUUGUACAUUUCCUUACCGUUGUUUUACACGACUAACGUGAAACUUCUUUUAGCUUCCUAUUUACGCGUUUUAUGGAGGAAAUGUUUGUGUUCCUGUUCAUUCUAUUUUUUCACUGCCGCUCCUUUUUCACAUUAGUAGCCGCUAGCAUUCUUCAUUUUCUAAUAUAACCGCCGCUAUAUAAUUUUCAUGUUUUUCUUCCAACGACAUUAGUCUCCGUUGUUAUUUAUUUCUCGGUCCUGAAAAGUGUGACACUUGACAUCGGCUUACAUGAAGUGUUUGUACCGGUGGGCGGGCGGGCGUACGCUACGUCAUAACCAAAUUUUCUCGGAUGGAUAGUUUACCAAAUUUUCUUACCCAUGGUGCUCCGCUGGCGCGCUUCGCGCGCGAGAGCUCCGCUAUCAACCGUGCGUGUGAAUAAAGGCAUGGCUCCCCACGUAAUAUCGCGUUUGCAUAAUCUCUUUUCCGAACCAAACAUCCUGUUUCAUUCUGGCUUGUCCCAAACAAGAACAUAUCGAGAAAUUUUAUUUAUAGAGUAUCAUGACCAACGAAGCCCUCAUUAAAUUAUGCUAGAUACUGCAUCAUAACCAAAUAUUCACCCGGCUCUCAGUCCAAGUUCCUGCGUUUUCAAUUAUUUUCCUCAAACAGCCCGAAAAGGUAUAAGUUUGUGCUAAGGGUUGCUGAAAAAAAAGAAAGCAUUUUAAAGUCACAACAAGGAGUAGACUAGAGGAAAGCUGUUUGAUUCCUGGGCAACUUUUUUAAUCGAAAACCAUUUGUCUUUGAGUUACCUCCAUUGUAGAAUAAUUUUAUAAGAAUUUAUGAAGUAAUCUCUUAACAGAUACUGUCUUCUGCCACAAAGUUAGAUUUUGUAAUGCUAUGUAACUUCCUCAAAUGAAGGAAUUUACCGUACAUCGACGUGCAGAUGUAUGUACUCUUUUGUUUUCUGUAAGAAUAUCAUUUUAUAAGAAUAUCGAGGCUGAGAUUUGCAGAAUCUUAAGAAUACGAGAAUAAACCCAAGGCUGGAAAGGAUAUAAUUUUGUGCGUUGAAAAUCUGUUAAUACAACACAAUCAUAUGUUUUUUACUUAACCGAGAAAUUAUUUCUAAACGGCAAAACUAACCACCAAGAAGAAAAACAACGAAACCAUUACUAUUAACUCCACUUCAUAGCCUAAUAUGUUCUAAAACGGAAAGGUCAGAGGUUACAAUUUAACGAUAAUACUAGAAUAUUUUCGGCCUAAAAUCGGCAGCAAAAAUAAGAAUAUUCAGCCUGGGCUGAAAAAACAACAUUCUUACAAAAAGAAAAGAGGGUACACCAAAAUGGUGACAUUGGGUUACGCUGUAUGAUCUUUUGCACUGUAUUUAUCACUAAAUUAUUUUAGGCGAUGGUUAUUAUCAACGACUGUAUUCGAUUUUUCAUGUUUCAGCUUGGGUUGGUUCCAUAGCAUUUGGUGUAACCUUCUUUGGCGGUCCAAUAGCCAGCAAUUUGUGUGAAAGAUUUGGUUGUCGGCUUAUAGCAGCAACUGGUGGUCUUAUAGGUGUCCUCGGUUUCUUGAUGACGUCAUUUGCCAAUAGUGUCUACGUCAUCUACUUUACGUACAGUGUCGUUUGGGGUUUUGGUUCUUCUUUAAGCUAUGCUACAACAACAUUUGUGAUAGGUGAGAUUAACAUCUUUCACAUUUUUAAUUCCACAGUUAAUAGUAUAUCGGUUCUGAACUCCUAUAACAGUUUUUAUCCUCAUCAGUCAUCAAAGUGGCUCUUAGCUAAUGUCAUUUUGUUCAGUUGACUUUGCAUGCUAUAUUUCAGGGACUUCCUAAACUAUGAAUAGUUUACAGAGAAGAUAUUUCCUCAAUCAGGGCCUUGGUUCUAACUGCAUUUUAUAAUAUGUUCAUACAGGUCAGUACUUCGACAGGAAUCUUGCUUUAGCCAAUGGUAUUAUUACUGGCGGAAGUGGUAUCGGAGCGAUAGCAAUGGGACCCUUUUAUCAUCUCGUCUUGUCAAACCUCGGCUGGAAAAUCUUGCUAAGAAUUCUUUCUGGAUUCGCCUUUCUCAUGUUUGUCAGCGCUCUACUCUACCGUCCCCUCCCUGCAAAGUAUAAACGCGCCCACAUAGGCCGAAAAGAGAGAGCCAAGCUGUUUGACUUGUCCGUGUGGAAGAUAAAGCCAUUCGUGUUUUGGGUUGUAUCCAUGUCGCUACUGUUCUUUGGCUACUUUGUUCCUUUCAUCCACUUGGUGAGGAAACGUAGAUAAACUAUAUUUACUGAAAGGUUUAUCACUGUAUCUCUUCACUGCCAAACCUAGGGGAAGAGUAAUUUUUUAAGAAUAAUCCAUAAAUAAGAGUGUGGUGUGAAAUUAACUUGAAUGGUCCGAGAAAUGCGAGCAUUAUAUACAGUCCCAACGCACGCGAAAGUCGCGAGCAGCAUCUCAUGAAUAGACUCUUUCUGGCUUUUUAA